CAGACCGGAACCGGAGAAGGACGACACCGCUUAGGGGAGAGUCCUCCACAUAUUAGCCUGCAGUGGGCCGAGGCAGCCAGUGUUUAGAACGCGGAGCUAGUCGCUCGCUAUGCCAUCUCUUGGAGAAUUAUGAAGUAAAGGCAUGCGUCGUUGCGGGUAAUGCUUUAAACUUAUUCGAUCGGCUUCACUAGGACCCCAAAGGUUUAUUUUAUUAUUUUUUACAUGCGGUGCGACUAAAUUGGAUAACAAAGGGGCGGGAGAGCAACAAGUGGAGUGUGUCCCGGAGAGGCCGACAUUUGUCACCUUCACUAUAGCCAUGGAAGAGCAAAAGGAGCCCGCAAGCGGCCGGGACUCAACCGAGGAUGAGAGCGUGUCGCUGUCCCCGAACCUGCCAUCGCCUCCCAUUAUCCUCCCGCACCAGGCCGCCCAGCAGGCUAACAGAACCACCAACUUUUUUAUCGACAAUAUCCUGCGACCAGACUUCGGCUGCAAAAAGGAGCCGGGUUACCGCGAGCGGAACCAGACGGCGGGCAGAGAAAACAUCAACCCGCUGGCUGCGAGGCCACACGCCGGUAGCCUUUGCUUGGACUCAAACUGCAGCAGCGACAGCGCCUCGUCGUCGCCGUCCUCAUCAUCGUCGUCUUCGUCGCCCUCGUCCAAGCAGAACUCGGCCAAACAAGGGGAAGCAGCGAGCAACGGCAGCGGCAGACUCGCUGACAGCCCCUCGGCCAUCGUGGUUAUGAACGGGAGCAAUGGAGCGUCUCUGCCGGCGGCCAAGGAUCAGCCCAUGCUGUGGCCAGCCUGGGUGUACUGUACGCGCUACUCGGACCGGCCCUCAUCUGGGCCGAGGACACGAAAACUGAAGAAGAAGAAGAGCAGCAAGGAGGACAAGCGGCCCAGGACGGCGUUCACGGCCGAGCAGCUCCAGAGACUGAAAGCUGAAUUCCAGGCCAACCGCUACAUCACAGAGCAGCGAAGACAGUCGCUGGCUCAAGAACUCAACCUGAAUGAGUCUCAGAUCAAAAUCUGGUUCCAGAACAAGCGGGCCAAGAUAAAAAAGGCCACGGGCUACAAGAACGGUCUGGCGCUGCAGCUCAUGGCGCAAGGACUGUACAACCACUCGACCACCACCGUGCAGGACGAGAAGGAGGACAGCGAGUAGCCGCGCGUUUGCUCGCGUAUGGACAUCGUUGCUAUUAAAAGUUUAUAUAGCCGCUGCAGUUAUCAUGUGGUAUACGAGUAUAUUUAAUUACCCCCACCCCCUACAUCCGCCCCCGUGGUCCCCCAUCUCUAUCCCGUGGUUGUUUUGAAGAUGCAUAAUGUGCCCCUUCAAGUUUCCUUCACACAUCGCAAACUCAGAAAAGCCAAAGAUUUUCAUAUGUUCACAUGUAUGGAUUCAAAAUGUAAAAUUAAAAAGAGAACGAGAGAGAGACGCAAGAUCGCUGGACUUUUUUCCCGAUUUCUUUUUAGUUGACGCGACUCAAGGCGUUGAAGUGGUGUGGCUGGUUGUUUGUGAACAAAGCCAAACGCUCAAAGUGUGCGACGCUCUCAUUUUCAAUAGCGCUGCAAAAUUAGAAGCCAGACCAAUGUGACGGAACCAAUUAGAGGAAGCGUCCUCGUCAAGCUGAAGCGCAGUCAAACUCGUGCGCGCGCACACACGCACGCACGCACGCACAUGUACACACACGCUUGCGCCGCCUGUAUUUACACAAAUUUGACUUCUACAUAACGACUUGCAUUUCAUUAAUUUCUCAUAAGAGGUCACACGGUACACAAAAACUUAAAUGAAUAAUUUUAAUAAUGCCGUAAACAAGCUAUUAAAUAUCCGUCUUAGUGAAACAAACACUGUCUGCGAAAGAAACUUAAUAAUAUAACAUGACCGACCACAUCCAAGUUUGAUAACAUGCUUUUAAAAUGUUAAAAUAUUUUUUGUCCUCCGUCACAGAAACACAAAAUCAACUCAGCAUAAUGUAACACAACCUUGUGUGCAUAAAAUAGUAUAUGUUUUUUUUUCUUUCAAAAUAUUCAAAUUAUUCGUGAUCUUUAUUUAUUUUUUAUUAUUGUUAUUGGACCAGAAAUACAUGCCCAUGGGCUUCUGCAUCAUUGAUUGUGAUCUGAAUUAUUUUUAUUAUCUCCCCUAUUGGAAUAUGGUCCGUACACAAACGAUUGUGGAUAUGAUAUGGUGUAAUUAAGAGGUAACAAGCCUAUGCGGCAGAGGAGCGCCAU